AGCAGCUGAUGGUUGCUGUGGCGGCGCUGGGCGGGGAUCCCAAGCCACCUGAACUCAGCUGCUUUUGGCACUCGCAGCGGGUCAGCUGCAGGGUUGCACUGCAGCUGUCGACGGUGUGAGAGGGCGAGCUGCUGAUGAGGGCGAUGACGUCGGCCAGGCUAGAUGACGAUGCUUUGUCCAGUAAGCUGCCGAACGGCCAACAGUCUGGAGAUGAACGCCGUCUUAUCUCUUGGAACACAAAGCCCUCAUAGCCUAGAACUGGGUCCAGCUCCAUUUCCUUUUGCCCAACAUCAGACCAACUCUGCCGGCCCUUAUGAUUGCGCUCAUCAGACAAUCCAAUACAAACGCUGAGACCGACCUAUCCGACCAGGCUGUCUAUCAAUCUAUUGCCUACCUAUUCUCACCACCGAGCUGGCUACCCCAUCUCACCAAUCACCUGCAUCUUUUGUUGUGCCUGGAAUAUUGAAUUUUGUCUACAGCACAACUCACUGCCUACGUAAAGUCGCAAAUCAUCUCCGCCAUCUGCCUGAACUGGGACUUUGGGCUUUUCUUGUGCAACUUCGUGUUUCCACUCACGAAUCUCAAUCAAUUGCGCAACUUUCAUACCUAAACAUUCACAACAUACAUAGCGCAAUGGUGUCGGCGUCACUAACCACACACGGGGUCGCACCUCGUCCCAUAGCUCCGAAUAAUACGGGCCGCCUGAGAUAUGCAAACGCCGAAGACCUUCCCGGCUACCCAUCUGCUGGACUGACCGAGGGGAGCGCUGCUGCUAGUGCUGCUGCCACACUAGGCUGGGCAAACAGAAAACCGACAGAAGUCUGGAAGCCCAACUCCAACAUCACCAGUACAUCCGCCUCAACCGCCGCGCUCUUGGCUGCCGGCAACAAGACAUCACCAGUCGGCCGUGAGAACCAGCCCGUUGGCACCGCCGGAUCUCAAGCCGCUGUGGCUGCUAGUUCAGCACAACGGCAACCGAGAGCACCAUCAUCACCGCCAUCGCAGUGGGUGUCGUCAGCGGCAAACCUGGCUUUUAGUGCUAACAAACCGCCGCUGCCGCCAACCAUCACUGUAUCAAAUGCAGCUGGGACGACCCCGGAACCAGCUACUCUUGGGAGGCAGAACUCUCUGCGCGCUGCCAAGGGGGCCAUGGCAGGUUUGAGACCACGAGCAAAGUCGACUCCUCAACCUGUGGUACAAGAGACAUAUCCUGACCAAGCGAACUCCGCUUCGAAUGCCCUGAGCGCUGCCACAAUAGCACACCGACCAACGCUAUCCGAAACGGGAGGAGCCGUUCCAUUCACCACCAUGGACAGGAGGAUGUUUACUUCGAACCCACCCGUCAGGCUUGAAGUGGAGGAAAAGCAGAGAGCCGAUGUGCUUCAUGCUUCAGCAGUGGCCAUGGCCAAGAGAAUGUAUAACCAACAGCAACGUCGGACAGAGGAGAGCACGAAAGCACAUGCCCGAUCCUCAUCAUUCCCCCGACACGAUCCAAAUCGCCCGCUAGAUGCCGAUGAAGAACCUCCCGUCAUGCAUAAUAACCUGCAGGAGGCAGCAUAUCGAUUGGCGCAGGAACGCCUUGCUAAACUGCAGGAGGAGCAUCAGAAGAAUCGGGACAUGUCGGAAUAUUAUGGAACACCAGGAGGGCCAAGCCGCACCAAGUUCGGAACGAUCAGAGGGAGGCUCACUAGGAAACGCUCCUCUAGUGACGGAGAUCUCCUUGAGGACCAACGACGUUCCCAGCACAUCCGGAAGCAAAUGUCGAUGCUGAAUAGCAAGCUGUCCGAGGUCGAUGAAGAGAAACGAGCCAAGGACCGGCAAGCUUUACUUGCCGCUGCUCAACGCAACGUACGGGCUCAACUUCACGACAUGGACGAGAAGGUGCUGGCAGAAAAGGGCGGAAUCAAGGCGAAGCCCAUGGGUGACUGGGAACGCAAAGCCUUGAUAGCUGCUCAGACGAGGUUUGACGAGAACAAUGCUUCGUAUCACUCUGGAAAGAUUGAUAUCGGUGGUGGAAAGUUUAUGGACCAGUCUGAGGUGGACGCGAUUGCCGCCAGAAAGGUUCAACCUUUGCUGGACGAAAUUAACGAGAGGGCUGAACGUGAACAGGCGAGAUUAGAGGACGAGCGUCUGGAAGAAGAGAGACGGCGGGAAGAGGCUGAGAGGGAAAGGCUGAGAGAGAAAGAGGUACAAGAUAUUCAUAAGAAACUCAAAGACCAACAGAAGGAAGACGAAAAGGCUCGCAAAGCUGAGCUCAAGGAAGAAAACAAGAGACGCAAGGAGGAAAUCAAAGCCAUCAAACAGGAGCAUAAGCUGGCGGCGAUGGAGGGUAAACGGAAGGAGAAGGAGGUGAUUGGCCCCCCACCAGCAGUUGACACCGAAGAGACAGCCGUCGAGCCUGUCGCCGAGCCAUCACCGGAGACAGAGGACAAGCAACCCACCACCGCGCACCGGCACGCCCUCUCCAUCAGCUUCCCCCGCCGGAAAAAGAUCACCAAAGAAACACCCUCCUCACCUGAAAAAUCCCCCAAAUCAGAAGGAGAAUCCCACGGCAAAGUCCGCACCUGGCUUCUAUCCCGGCUCCCCCGUCCUCGCGCCAAAUCCUCCAGCGCAGCAGAAGGCCCCAACGACCCAAGCACAGCUAAAAAAGGGGCCUUCAUAGGCGGAGCAGCCCUUGCUCGCUUGGCACACAACAACUCCAGCUCCCCAUCCGUAGCCGGCUCCCAACCCCAGGCAGCGAUUAACCGCCCUUCCACCUCGGGAGCAGACAACCUUGGAACUAGCUCCUCCCUGCACGAAGUCGCGAUGGCAGGCAGACCACAACCCCACGACGAGCCCGGGGAGGCAAGUGGCCUGAACCCUCCUCCACCUGCGAUUGUCCGUCCGGUUACGCCAGCGAGGACGAUAUCGCAAGUUAGCGUGCCUGUCUCGGAUGUCUCGGAGAGGACGGUGAGCAGUUUGAGUAGUAGUGAUGACGGGCAUACGGUGGAUAAGUUUGUCGAGGCUAGGAGUCAGCUGGGGAGUCCGCUGACGCCGCCGAGGACGCUGGGUGGGAGGUUGGGGGUUCCUGGUGCGGGGAGCAAUGGGAGGUCGAGUCCGUUAGGGAGGAGGGAGUCGAGGUUUUCAGAGAAUUUGUCGGAGUAG